AUACGCAGCAUCUGCACACAGACUAAGUCUCGAAUCUUCCAAUCCCAACACGGCAAUGACGAUGGCAACGAGCAUCUCGGCGGUGGCGCUGCUCUGCGCGGCCAUCGUGGCCUCCUUCGUCCCGCUAUCGUCCGCCGGCGUCUCCCUCGUCUCCCUGACCUGCCGCAGGACGGCCCACGAGCGCCUCUGCAUCUCCAUCCUCGCGCCCGACAGACGGAGCGACGCCGCCGAGUCGGUCCAGCAGCUCGCCGUCAUCGCGCUGACGGUUGCCAGGAACUCCACGCGGGACGCCCUGUGGCGCACGACGGUCCUGGGCGGCCGGGCUCCGACGCCGCUGGAGCGUGACCUCCUGGCGCAGUGCCGUGCCCUGUACUCGGAGUGCCUCCGCGAGACGACGAAGACGAUAGCCUUGGUGACCGCUGCGAGCUACGACGCCGCGGCCCGCGCCUCGAGUACCCUCCACUGGUACCCGGAGAAGUGCGAGAGCCUCCUGUACAUGCAGAGGGUGGAGUCGGCCAUGAAGCAAACAAACAAGCAGGUGGAGGAGGAGAUGAUCGCCUCAUCGGAUAUCGUUCACUUGCUGCUUGCUAGGCGCGGAGCAGACAAAUUAAACCUAGAAUAACUUAUCUACGGUGUGGCACCGUACUCGUGUUGCUUACCACAAAUAAAUGCAUAUAUGUUUUUUUUCUAAACAGUUAUCUAUAUAGCUAAUAUUUAAUGGAGAAAAAAAUUCACUGCUC